AUGGGACCAACCUUGUUCCCUCCUUCCUCGCAUCGACAUCAAAAGAAACAUAAAUCAUCAUCCUCUUCGAAAGCUUUUAUUUCUAACGACAAACCAACCAUGAUUAUAUCUUCUCAGACCUGCCAGGAACAUCAUUCACCUUCCAGUAAGGAACCUGCUGCUGUUCUCACCAACAGCAAAGCCAUGGAAUUGUUAUUUGGCACCAAAAGUCCUCCUCAUCAUGGUCAACAUCAAAAGAUGCAUGAAUCCACAAUGAUUUCAACGAUUCAACAACAUCAUCAUGACAUUCAAAAACGUUCAUCCCUUCUUAUUGACGAUGCGAACAUUGCAACUCCUCGUCAACCACAGCAACCACAACAUUUUGAUACCAACCACAGCAUGUUGCAACCCAUUAGUGGUGGCUCACAACAAGCACUCAUUGCUUCUCGUCAUCCUCCUCAUUCGACCAUCACAUAUUCUGCAUCGUCGUCUUCAUCGAAUACGACGAACAUGAUGCCAUCACCUCGCACUUCGAACACGACCAGUGGAGCCGUAUUAUUGGAUGCACAGGUGGAAAACAAUGUUCUUCACACACCUGUCGCUAGCACCACCUCCACUUACAAAUAUGGCAAUUUUAGAGACUUUGUUCCCAAUGACUUUUAUUCUUCGAAUUUGCAUCAUCGUCAUGGUACUUCCACGAUAAGUAGUAGCAGUAGUAGUAAUAACACUCAUGGGCAUUACCAAGAGGACAUUGUCUUUUCUCAAAAGAAUAUUCACACAAACAACAACACCAGUAGCUAUAUCCAUUCAAACUCCUCUCCUUCCAGUCAACGUUCUAAUCCUUUUCAUCAACAAGAGAAACAUCAUCAGACUCCUCUCUCAUCCAAUCCUCCUCCCUAUCAUUUUCACACCCAUGCUUCCACACAUCAAGGUUCUGGAGGUUCAGCUGCACAGUUAGGAUGGAGAGUGAGUGGUUCGAUGACUUGUUUUGGAGGUGGAGGAGUACAGAGAGCCUCUCCAACGAAUCCAUCGAUGAUGCAAAGCACUCCAACAGCAAGUGUACGAGGAAUGGUGACUUCAUCAUGUGAUGUUGGUGAUGAUGUGAAUGAUGAGAGGGUUCGUGAAACACUCGAUUCGAGAGGACAAGACGAGAGAAGAACAUUGCACCAUGAGGAUUAUUCUCAUGCACAUCAUCAUCGUCAUGAUGGAUCAUCCCAAAUGGAAUCUUUCAAAUUUUAUAAUUUAUCGAAUAUGGAAGGUCAUACUUUCGAUGGUAAUUUAGCUCAUCGUUCAGGUUCUUCUUCUACUCAUCGUCAUCCUCCUGAAUACCAUUACUCAUCGAUGAAUCCUCAUGAUUAUUAUCAUAGAAAUUCCAUGCCACGAAAUUCCUACAUUGCUGCCAGUACUUUGCAUCAUCAAGGACCAACAACAACUUUUCGUGAUGACGACGAGCAUGUUCAACCUUCUGUGAAAAAGACCAAAUUCAUGGCUCCACAAGAACGACAGGAAUUUAUGCAUCAUGUACCUCAUGAUGUUAAAAGUGAUCAUCACCUCCUUCAACAAGUGCAUGAACAUGCUGACACCAAUGAUGCAGCUCACCAUCCACCCAACUACUACGAAGAGUAUGUUUCAGAUUCUGUGAAACAUUCACUCGAUGACACCCAGAGUGAUCAACAACAACAACAACAUAUUGCAAGCAGUAAUGAGUAUCCAAAAUCGCGAGUGAAACCAACAAGUAGUGCAACAACAACAAGAAGAAGUUCAACCACAAGCAUUAGUACAACAGCCACUCGAGAAAAAUCGAGUAGUUCAAAUUCCAAAAAGAAGACCUCUUCUUCUUCUGCAAAAAUCACUCGUAAAUCAUCCUCUUCAAACAGUAGCAAUCGCAGUGAAGACAGUAGCAGUAGCAACACCAACACAGCACUCGAUUCUAGCAAGUCAAAAACUACUCACCUCACUAUUGAAGAAUUGGACGACUCGGUCAACAUUCCCAUUCGUAUUUUGGCUUACAAUUUGGGUCUCACCAAAGAUGUUUCCAAAUCAUGGAGAUAUCGUGACAUUCGAAGAGCUCUCUUCGAACGAAUGAUUGAAGAUCACAUUGAUUUUGUGGACACUCAAGAAGAACAUUCACUUCUCAGAGAGAGACUUCCUCACAAAUUGACCUAUAGCAAUUUCUGUAAGAGAGUCAUGCUGUUGGUCUUUCAUUAUCUUGUUCGAGAUGGAAAGGAACCAAAAUUUUAUCGAAGACCACUUGUGAAGAGAGAGCUUAUUGAAAGUUUGUUACGGGAAAAGGAUCCUCACUUUUAUUCCAUUGUUAAUCCAUCUCAUGCUCGUGAAUUACAUACUCUUUUGAAUACGAAUAGUGACAUGACUUUCAAGCAAGCAGUUGCAAUCGUGUUUAAGGGUAUCCUUAAUAUGGAAACUUUACAAAGUCUCAAUAAGGUAACAAACACGAAUUUGAGUCGAAGAAGAACAAGUAGUAGCAGUACCGCGACGACUAGUCGUACCAAACGAUCUUACAAGAAGAGUUCUGAAUAUCUCUCUGAUGAUGAUCAUGACAUGAAUGAUGACCAUGAUCCCUUUGAAGAAGACACCAAUCAAAGAGUGAACGAGACGACAACCUGUGAUGUCACCAACAUGACUAAUAGUCGUCUUCGUCGAGGUGCCUCUUCUUCUUCUCAACUCAGUCAAACCACACACGACACUGAAGACAAUGAUGAGGAGGAUGACAUUGGAGACAAACCUUCCACAAGACCUCGUCGUCAAGCAAGUAAGAAUUUGAAACGCAAGUUAAAGGCAGUAGUUGAAAUUUUGGGUGAUGAACAAGAUGAGGAAGAAGAUGAAUGA